UAUAAUUAGUGCAGGUAAAGAGAUUUUGGUUGUAAAAAUUAUGUAGGAACCCAUAAAUUUAUUUAAAAAUUUUAUAUGCAUUAGCAGCGUUUAAAAAGUAUAACACUACACGCUAAUUAUUCAAACCAAAAGCAUACGCAACCUUGAAAAAUAGUUACUGAAUAUGGAGAAUCAGGUGACCACAAAUUGAAAGAAUGAAAGGUUAGGCAAGUCAGGCGAGUGACGUCUGCAAUGUUACUGUUGUCUGCUAUUCGGUCAAAUCAGUGUUAUGUGUUAGUUUUAUGUAGGUUAUGCUUGGUUAUUUUUAGUAAAGACCCAGAUUGUACUUUUUAAUGUUCAAGGUAAUAGGGAAUGAUUAUCCAUCAAAAUUAAUGUUCUAUUUUUCCAUGGCAAAAUCUACAUUAUUAACAAUGGACAGAGUUAAUUUACGAAGUUGCUCGACCACAAACAUUAAGUUACAAUGAAUUUACGCCAUAAUGUGAACUACAAACUGGUGAGGCAAAUAAGUUUGAAUGUGAGUGGGUACCAGAGAAAAAAUCAUUAUGAUUGUUUAGGGAUUACACCUAAAGCUACACAAGGUGAUGUUAAGUCAGCAUAUUAUAAGUUAUCUAAGCAAUAUCACCCAGACCUCAAUAAGGGUAAUAUAGAUGCUGCAGAAAAAUUCAGAGAUAUUACUGAAGCUUAUGAAGUCCUUGGGAAUUUGAAAAGCAGAAGAUUGUAUGACAGAGGAUUGUUAGUAGGCGGUACUGAACAUAGCUAUACACAAAAUGAACCAGUUGUUGAUAAUUAUGAACACUCUUCUUUCUACCACUAUCGAAAUAAACCAGCAAGUAAAAGAGCAACAAGUGAGUCAACGCCACACUACAACAUCGACGAGUGGACCAGAGCUCACUACAGUAAUACUUUUAGACAAGCUUACGAGAAAAAAUCAGAAGAAGUUAGAAAUACUCGAAACAACUUUAAAGAAUUAGAAGAAAACAAGGGAAUUUUACAAGUUAGUUUUUCAAUUGCUCUAUUCUUAUGUGCUUUCAUUUUAUAUGCAGUAAAACCUUCAGGAUAUGAUGUGCGCCACGAGAAGCCAGAUGAGAAACCUGAUUAGUAUAAUGUUAAAUAUUUAUUCAGUUUUAAAAUUGUAAUAAAUUAUUCAUGUUAAUAGAGAUAUAAA